AGAAAGGCUUCCCAGCGUUAGCAUGAUCCAUCCAGUCAAAAUCUGACAAUACGGCAGGCGUUUUUUAACAUUUAGCCUACAAUUAUUGCGUGUUUGAUGACAGUUACGAGCGUAAUAGGGUCAUAUUUUUACUAGCAUGGAAAGGCGAGUGAAGACGUGUCCAAAUAUUGCUAAAUUCGCCUAAGUUAAUUUAACUUGUCAAGUAAUGAUAUUUAGCUAACUCGCUAGCUUGCCGUUGUUUACUAUUUUUGUCCACCGCCGCAGCCAUGAGCGAAGAUGACUGUCCACCAUCGACAAAUAAAGACAAAGACUCCACUCUCCUGUUCACCAAAGACGGACAGCGCUACUACGUGAGUAAGAGCGGGGUGGUGGACAGCAGGAACGUGAUAACGCCGCACGAACCGGACAACAACGUCUCCUCUUACGACAUGGACGAUCCGGACGAGGAAAGCGACGUGCUGGACACUUCGGAUCCCAGGGACAGCGCCGCCAGUCCGGAGGAGCCCAACGACGAGGAGACCUCGGAGGGCGACAACGCCCCCAAACAGUGCACUUACGAGGGAUGCACGGAGACCACGACGCAGGUGGCCAAGCAGAGGAAGCCGUGGAUGUGCAAGAAACACCGCAACAAGAUGUACAAAGACAAGUACAAGAAGAAGAAGAGUGACCAGGCCAUGUCCACUGGGAAACUUGACGAAAACUCAGAGGAGCGGCCUGUGUCUGUGAACAAACAGCGCCUUAGUGCCAUGGGGGACCGACCUGCCAGACCCUCGCUGAUAGAGCAGGUCCUUAACCAGAAGAGACUGUCACUGCUCCGAAGUCCGGAGGUGAUCAGUUUCCUGCAGCAGCAGCAGGAGCUCCUGGCCACACAGAGCCGCAGCCAAUCACAGGGGCAGUUCCACGGUUGCUGACGUCGGCUGGUAAAUGCAACCACUGGUGUUUGGGGGUGUGUAAAUAGAUUAAAAAAGGCUAAAAACAUGCACUAUAAAGAAUCUCUGCAGUCAGCCAUCACAGGCCAACAUGAGAUUUCUCCUCUUUUUUUUUUAUUUGCGUUUUACUGUAUUUUGUCAAAACUGUUUUGGCUGAAGGAAUUAUUACCCUUCUUCUCUAUAUUUUGUUUUCCUUUGAACUUCAAUUGUUGUUACAUGUGACAAUCAGUUUGUGCAAUGCAUGUGUGUGUGUGUGUGUUGCCUCUAUCAAGUCUCCCAGGACAUGUUGAACAUUUGAAUGACCGUGAACCUGAAGCAGAAACACAAGCGAUGUUUGAUGGAACGUACACUGUUCAGGUUUGCACUGUUUGUCCCCGUGUUGAAAAAGACACAGUGAGGUCAUGUACUGUUUGUUUUUCACCUGAAGUGAAAGUAACCCUUGCUGUGAAGAUUAAAUGAAAAAUAAUGAUGUCA